AUGCUCCCUUCAAGUCGGCAGUUUGGUGGUUUGUCAAACGAUCGUGUUCGUCGCUUCGCAUUUCCCCACUAAUCCAAGGUCUUAUCAUAAAACUUGUUUACCAAACUACAAGUCAUCUCGGUGUGUUAUCUACAACAGAGGGUAAUUUUCAUCUCGUGAAGAAGAAUGGGCCUUUCGACACACAUCCUGGACACUAGCCGGGGCAAACCGGCUCCGAAUGUUGCGAUUAGCUUGCACCGGGAGGAGGUCAAUUGCAGCUGGGAAAAGGUAGGUGAGGGAACAACCGACUCCGACGGACGGUUUAGAGGCUUUUUCACGGAGGAUCCAGCUGCGUUUUCUAAUGGAACGUAUAAGAUUCGAUUCGAAGUAGGGCAGUACUAUGAGCAAUUAAAGAUCGAUACGUUGUAUCCGUAUGUUGAGAUUGUGUUCAACAUCUCGGACGCUAGCCAGCAUUACCACAUUCCACUGCUGCUGAACCCGUUCGGAUACUCUACCUAUCGUGGAUCGUGAUCGUGCAUAUAAAAUUUUAUUCAAUGAUAAAUUUUAAACUUUGAUAACCGCUUUGCCGGUAUUCCCUCCCGUCAACAUUCCAAUAAAACCGUCAGGCAUGUUUUCGAA